AUGACGGUUGAUUCCGUUCUGGGGUCCGGCUACGGAGAGGCGAAGAUCAUCUGUGAGACUAUGCUCCAGAAACCCCUGCAGCAAUACCCCGAGUACUUCCGGGCAAUGGUGGUGCGCAUCGGGCAGAUCGCCGGCUCGAAGAAGUGUGGUUAUUGGAAUCCCGUGGAACACUUUCCCUUCCUGAUCAAGUCUUCGGUUACAUUGCAAAGCUUUCGGAUCUUCAAGGUAACCUCUCUUGGCUCCCAGUCAGUAGACGAGGUAGCCACCACCCUAGCCGAGCUAUUGUUGCUAACUUCUUCUUCAUUAUCUUCCGAGACAACGCCAACACUGGCUCCAUACCCCCCAAUCUACCACAUCGAGAACCCCACCCGCCAGCCAUGGCUCGAAAUGAUCCGUGCCUUAGCCAGCGCCGCGCUGGAUUCCGCCUCCACUACCCCAGAGAUCAUCCCCUUCAAUCAAUGGUUUCAGAGGGUGCGGACUGCGAGCAGCGACAUCGAUAAUGAGUAUCCGGCGCAGGAGAUCCUCAAGUUCUUCGACGACCAUUUCCUCCGCAUGGCUUGUAGCAGUCUCAUCAUGGAUAUCACGUAUAUUUGCUCAGAUUCCCAGACCCUGGCACACGCGAAAGCAAUCGAUUUGUCACUUAUGGAGAAGUAUGUGGCUACUUGGGAGCAGAUGGGGUUUUUACCAUAA